UGCAAUGAGACUAAUGCAGCACAUCAUGAAGGCUUCCGGAUAUCUGGUUUGCUCUAUCUAGUUUGCUCCUCACGAGCCUUGCAUUUUCUUACUAAGCCGGAUCUUGCCGCCUUCGCGCUUUUAGAAGUAGGUCUCUCUCAUUAAUGUCUUACUCAACUCCUCCACAACAGAUACCUACAGGAGAUACCGGCGCUACAACUUCAUGAUAUAUUUUGGGUAUCUAUAAAUAGCAUUUGGUUGCGUACCGCGCGAAAUAUGUCUACUAAACCCAGUGGCGUUUCUGCUGAUGCCAGUCAACCCGAAGUAGGCAAUACCCUUGAUAAUAUUUUCAAGGCUGAGGAGAUCGUAUUCAUUUCAAGACACCCUGAAGCGCCGAAGGAUUCUAAUUUAUACGAUGUAUUCGGCUUAGUAGAAGAAGCCGGAGACCAGGGUACAAUCUUCAGGCUACUUCAAUCUCAAAUCUCUAGCAUACCGCAGCCGUUCCUAGAUGAAUUUUUAAUCGAGGGUCUUCCGGACUAUUUACAAAGCAGUCCGUCGCGGCGCAUUCAUGUUGUGGUGUCGGCCGGGUCUGGGACGGGCCUUGCGCUGGACUUUUAUAACAGGGUCCUCUGCCGGCUUUUACCGGGGGGCGAGGUGUAUCCUUCGGAUCCGAGCAUGAACUCGAUAGAAAGACCUGAGCCGAAUCCGCACAAUCUGGUUGUUACUCAGAGUGCUGAUAGCAUACGCGAGUUCGCACGAGAGAUUAGUCGCGAGGAUGAAGAUGGGGUGCAGCAUACCGUGGUGCUGCUUAGCGGUGAUGGGGGUAUCAUUGAUAUGCUUAAUGGUUUAGUGUCGGUAGAGGGGGAGGGGCACAAUUCGGAAGAGCGUCUGCCCUUGAUUGCGGUACUCCCGUUGGGUACAGGGAAUGCACUUUUCCACUCCCUUCACAAGUCAGCCAGCGCGACGUCAAGGUUUCCCGCGCCGUCUAGUCUGGUCCAGGGCUUGCGCACUUUAUUCAACGGUCGAGCGGCGGCGUUACCUUCUUUCAAGGCAGAGUUCUCACCAGGCUCUCGUAUUAUAACUUACAAGAGCCCUCAGCCAGUGGAGGACUCCAACACGGCCGCAGAAGUUGAAAGCCAUGCCGACGCCGUGUCUCAUCUCUAUGGUGCCAUCGUAGCAAGCUACGGCUUCCACAGCCAGCUGGUCUGGGAGAGCGACACGCCGGAGUACCGAAAGCAUGGCGCUAAGCGCUUCGGCAUGGUUGCACAGCAGUUACUUAAGGAGAGCCACGCGUAUAAUGCCGUCGUGGAACUCUCCGGAAGAGAUGGAUCCAAUGUACGGAAGCUGGACCGGGACCGACACGCAUAUAUCCUAGCUACAAUGGUAUCCAAUCUAGAGAAAACCUUCGUCAUAUCUCCAGCUAGCGAGCCCCUAGAUGGCAAAUUAAGGCUUGUUCAUUUCGGUGCUGUUAGUGGAGAGAAGACUAUGGAGAUCAUGACGCAGGCGUAUAACGAGGGGAAGCAUAUCGGUAUGAGGUGGACUACGGAGGAUGGUAAGGAGGAAGGAGUUGGGUACGAAGAGACUGGCUUGGUUAAGAUCACUACUCUAGAGGAAGACGCUAGAUGGCGCAAGGUCUGUAUCGAUGGUACUAUUGUGGAAUUGCCUCAGGGUGGUUCUAUGACCGUCAAGACGGACGAUAGACCUCACUUGCGGGUUGUGGUGGAUAAGUCACUGGUUAGGUAGAUGCCGAGUCCACAUCUAUCGACAUAAUUAAUAGCUAAAAAGAGAGCCCAGAGAAUACGCGUAGUCCCAACUACCUACCUACCUACCUGGUAACAAGACUACAGCGCAGCUACGUGGGUGUUCAUCAAUGAAACAGAAUGAAUCAUCGGCGCUACUGCAGCCAAGAACGCAUUUCAACGCCAUCGUAUAUAUGGUAUAAGCACCGAAGG